UACAACAUUUAAAUCAUUUUUACCCUUCAGACAUAAUUUGUGCGUUCAUAAGGUGCUUUCUAGAAAAUAGCGGUCACUUCCGGGGUUGCCUAACAUCAAACCAAUUUUAAAGUUUAUCGUUAUCAAAAACUGUGUUGAUUUACGCCUUAAAGUGAUUAAAAUGGAUUACGUGACUACAUUGAAGAUUUUAGUAAUCGGAGAAAGUGGUGUGGGCAAGUCUAGCAUAAUCCUAGCAUUCACAACCGGUGAUUACAAUGCUCAAUUCCCAGCCACUAUUGGUGUGGAUUAUAAAUGCAAAGUGAUGGAGGUGAACGGGGUCAAAGUCAAGCUUGGCAUCUGGGACACUGCGGGGCAGGAGCGGUAUAGAACAUUGACUUCCAGUUUUUACAGAGAUGCACAUGGCGCUAUACUUGUCUAUGAUGUAUCCGAACCAAAGACACUACAGAAACUGAAUGAGUGGGUGGAGGAACUGCAAGUGUACUCUACUAAGCAAAAUAUUGUCUGUUUAGUUGUUGGCAAUAAGAUUGAUAAGCCUCGAGCAGUGGCAAGAGAAACUGGACAGGCAUUUGCGCAGAAACACAGAAUGCUCUUCAUAGAGAGCAGCGCCAAGACACAGGAAGGCAUCACCUUGGCUUUUGAAGAACUUGUUCAAAAGAUCAUCGAAACGCCAGGCCUGUGGGACACAGUGGCUUCUUCCUCCAACAUCCGCAUUUCAAACGAAGAAAGGAGACAACAAGAAUCGUCUUGUUACGAUUACACUUGUUCUAUAUAACGUUGUAUAUAUUUUUUUUGUAUAAGUAGUAGGAGAUUUUGGUUUGAGUAACGAAAAAUACAUCGUUGUACACUUAGGGUUCACGCACACUUGAUGUUGACCUGCGAAAUGUGCUGUUUGCAUCGAGUAUAUAACCAGAAAUAAAGGCGAAAUGUCAUUUAAUUUGUUUCAAACUAUUCUCCCAUAUCAAUUCUGUGACAACUGUGCUCCGAUUGGCCAGCCCGAGUUCGAAACAAUUGACGGGUGUCGUCAACUGUUUCACUUCAAAUCGACCAGUUAACUUGAGCUUUGCUAUAAUGGACGAAAAUUCCAAAAU